GAACAUUCCUCUGCUCGGCUUUCAACUCUCCUCCAACCUGCGCCGCCCGGCCAGCAUGCCUCCCCGGUCUUGAAGCGGGGCCGCUGCUGCCCUGCCGCUCGCUCAGGCCGCCGCCGCCCCUCCGCGCCGCUGCUAACCCGCCCUCGCCGCCACCUGGCCCUCCUGAUCGACGACACACGCACUUGAAACUGGUUCCCAGGGUGUGUGUAAUCAACUUUCCGGAAGCAACCAGCCCACCAGAGGAGGUAGACAGACAGCUAGGUCCCCAGAGAGAGAGGAUACGAUGCUGUGGAGGCUGGUUCAGCAGUGGAGCGUCGCGUUGUUCCUGCUGAGCUACUCGGUGCCCUCCUGCGGGCGCUCGGUGGAGGAGCUCGGCCGCCGACUCAAAAGAGCUGUGUCUGAACACCAGCUUCUCCAUGACAAGGGGAAGUCCAUCCAAGAUUUACGGCGACGAUUCUUCCUUCACCAUCUGAUCGCGGAAAUCCACACAGCUGAAAUCAGAGCUACCUCGGAGGUGUCCCCCAACUCCAAGCCUGUUCCCAACACCAAGAACCACCCCGUCCGAUUUGGGUCUGACGAUGAGGGCAGAUACUUGACUCAGGAAACCAACAAGGUGGAGACGUACAAAGAGCAGCCACUGAAGACACCUGGCAAGAAAAAGAAAAGCAAGCCUGGAAAACGCAAGGAGCAGGAAAAGAAGAAGCGGCGAACUCGAUCGGCCUGGCUGAACUCGGGCGUGGCUGGGUGUUGGCUGGAAGGGGACCACCUGUCUGACAUCUCCGCGACAUCGCUGGAGCUCAAUACACGGAGGCAUUGAAAUUUUCAGCAGAGACGUUCAGAAGACAUAUUGCAGGAUUCUGUAAUAAUGAACAUAUGGAAAGUAUUAGAAAUAUUUAUUGUCUGUAAAUACUGUAAAUGCAUUGGAAUAAAACUGUCUCCCCCAUUGCUCUAUGAAACUGCACAUUGGUCAUUGUGAAUAUUUUUUUUUUGCCAAGGCUAAUCCAAUUAUUAUUAUCACAUUUACCAUAAUUUAUUUUGUCAACUGAUGUAUUUAUUUUGUAAAUGUGUCUUGGUGCUGCUGAAUUUCUAUAUUUUUUGUAACAUAAUGCACUUUAGAUAUACAUAUCAAGUAUGUUGAUAAAUGACACAAUAAAGUGUCUCUAUAUUGUGGUUGAUUUUAAUGAAUGCCUAAAUAAUUAUCCA